AUGUAAGGUGCUAGGUUUGUAGAAACCAAUUUGGUUUAGAAGAUGCUCCGUAAUCAAAAUUAUGAAUUUCAUAAAAAGAAAUUGGAUCAAAUUUAAACUGACAAAAAGCCAAGAUAUGCUUUCAAAGAUUUGCCAGUACUAAGUAAAACAUAACAAUUAAAAGUACAAUCAUCUAGAUUUCAGAAAUCUGAGUAAAGAAAGCGAAUUGAUGAAUAAAACUAAUUUUUAACUUCGCAUAUCAUAGAAAUUCAAGAAGGCAAAAACUCACAAUUCAGAUCUAUCUGGACUGUUCAAAAUUUAAGAUAGAAAGCCUAUGCAGACACUUCAAUAUGGAGUGAGAAUGCUUUGGGAAAGAGGUUGCAUUCCCCUUUGAGAAGAAAAUAAUAAUAAAAAAUAGAUGAAGAAAAUUAAGAACUCUAAAAGAGAUUAGAACUUACAAAACAAAUCCUAUUAGAAAAAUAAUAAGAGUAAAUACAAAAAUAUGAAAAAUUACGUGAUCAUAUGACCAGAAUUAAACCUAAAUGUCAAAGUUCUUCAAUGUUGAAAACACAAUUUCCAUCUGUCAAAAGUAAAAGCACUACUUAACUGCUUAAUAAACAAUAUCAAUCUGAAUCAAUCAUACAUCAUAGUAGGAUGAAUGACUUGUUAAAAUCGGAAAUAAACAUCAGCAAGAUAUCAAAAUUAGAAUGA